CGGCUGAAGUGGUGGUUUAUGCCAGGAAAAAAAAAUAGUAGGUGUGGAUCUCCUCCUUUCUGUGUUGGGGACCCAAGAAGGAAGAUCUCCGUUGUGUUGUGGGCAUAAUGGAGUCACGAUUAAUCAUCAGCGGUUUGACCUUUUGAAAGGGGAGAGUGAAGUCACGGCGCACGAUUUUGACGUCACGGGUACUCGUUGAAGCUGUUUCCUGCAAGACGAUCGGUUGUGGAAGAAGGGCCUGUUUUUUCGCUCAGCCGAGAGUGACCUUAGAGGUCCCACAAGCAAGUUUUUUCCAUUCGUUUGAUUUAAAAAGUCUUUCAAGUCCUCUUUUUGAUGAUUCUAUGAAGACCUUCUUUGGUGGUGGCCAGCGUAAUGCAAUUGGUUUCCUUUUCAACAGUUCACAUCAUCUGAAAUUGAAUGAGAAAAUCACUUUGUUCUAAGCUUCCAUGAAGCUCUGUUGCUACCUGUUGAUUCUGUUUUUCAAUACGAGCAUUUGGGCUCUUGAAGAUGUGGCCUCCAACUUGACAAUUGCAUCUGGGUCAAGGACCCUGCCUCUGAAAAAGUCACUUAUACCUGUCUUACAAACCUUGACAAAAUCAGCAGUACCUCAAGAUGUCAUUGUGAAGGAGGGCAACUGUGCUUUCCUUGAAUGUAAGCUGAACAUCAGCCAACAUGACUCCAUCCUUUGGUACAACUCAAAAGGGCAUCGGCUGGCACAAGAGGGAGCAGAUGGAAGAUGGUUGACUUCUGAGAGUGCUCUGAAUAUCACUCAUGUAACCUUUGAUGACCGGGGGCGAUACACAUGUGUAGCUGUGAAUGGAAAUGGCACCUUUUAUUACUCAGUUACUCUCAGGGUUGUCUCCACGUCUGGGGACAUGGGCAUUUACUACAUGAUUGUCUGCCUGGUUGCCUUUACAAUCAUUAUGAUCUUAAAUAUAACCCGCCUGUGCAUGAUGAGCAGCCAUCUCCGCAAGACAGAGAAGGCCAUAAAUGAGUUCUUCAGAACAGAAGGGGCUGAGAAAUUGCAGAAGGCCUUUGAAAUUGCCAAACGCAUUCCCAUCAUUACUUCCGCUAAAACACUAGAGCUGGCCAAGGUCACCCAGUUUAAGACCAUGGAAUUUGCUCGAUACAUUGAAGAGCUUGCCAGAAGUAUUCCUCUUCCACCGCUAAUCCUUAACUGCAGAGCCUUUAUGGAAGAGAUAUUUGAAGCAGUGCACAUGGAUGACCCUGAUGAAGUGGGAGAUGGUGUGAAAGCAAGCCAGGCCAUAGGUACUCAAGCAGGGCUCUAUCCCUUAAACCCAGAAAUCAAGCGCAGCAAUUCACCAGCUGGAGAUUCGGAUGAUGGCUCUGUGAAUGACCACGGCAAAGAAAUAGCUGUUGAGGUCUCUGUCCACCUUCAGUCAGAAGUGCAGAGCAUUGACACCAUGUCCCAUGAUAGCGUCCCCUCUGUGCCUUCAGAGGAUGAUACAUGUGCUGAAUCUAAGUAGAGGAGCAAAGGCAGAAUAAAAGCCGCAUCUAACUUUGUGAAAUCUUCAAGAGAAUCGGAACAGCAAAAUGACAACCGUAGUCACAAAGACACAAACUCCUGUUUCAUUUUUAAAUUGCUCUAGAUGAUGUAAUGUGCCAAAACAAAUGUAGACUUUCCUUCUCUCAUGUAUCUUUUAAGGGUCAAAAAUCAUGUUAGAUGCAACUGUUUUAAAAUUCUUCACAAGAAUUUUAUGACAAAUACCAUUAGGAAUAUUUUACUCUGUAAAAGAAUAUUCCUUUGGUUGUUAGUGAUUUCCAGCUGUUGUAACAACAGAGAAAGAAUACACCGACUUGAAUGAUAUUUGUCAUGAUUACAAGGAAACUGAAAUUCCUGAAUGUCCUAAGUGACAAGUCCAUACUGUGUGAUGGUGUCUUUGAGCUUGUAAGAUGCAUGUUACUGUAUUUUUCUGUAUAUAAGAUGAUAGUUUUGUCUAAAAUCUUUAGACUAAAAAUUGAGGGUUGUCUUAUA